AUGGAUUGGCUAUGGCUUAUGGAGCACUUAAAACGAAAACAUCCCACGCUUAUUGCUAUUACUGUGUCAACAACAGACGAUCCAGAUUCUGAUCUACAAAAUAUCGUGACCAUUGACAAUUUUUCAAAUGUUCAAUCUCCUUCGACAAGUACACAUAAUAUUAUACAAAACCAAUCUUUAACUCUUCCUCCAGCUAAACGCUCGCGCCAACUAAAAUUAUUCGGUUCAACUAAACAUACUGAACUUACUAUUACGGAAAAGAAUAAUAUUGAUAAGUCUUUAGUUAAAAUGAUCACGGCUGACUAUCAGCCCUUAUCAAUAGUUGAAAAUGUUGGAUUUUUAGAGUACACAAAAAAAUUACAACCGCUUUACACUCCUCCAAGUAGGAAAUUAUUAACUACAAAGUUGCUGCCUGAUCAGUAUAACAUAAUUGUUUCUAAACUCAAAUCUAUGUUAAACAACGUAAAUGAUGUGUCUAUAACAACAGAUAUGUGGACAUCUGAUUCCACAAAGUCUUAUAUUACUGUUACUUGCCAUUUUAUUUACAACGAUAAUUUAUACUCGCCAGUUAUUGCUACCAGAGAAGUAUGCGAAAGUCAUACCGGCGAAAAUAUUGCUUCCGCACUAUCAUAUAUUUUUAAUGAAUGGAAUAUAACUGAUAAAAUAGUUACAAUAGUGUCUGACAGUGGAGCAAAUAUAAAAAAUGCUAUUAAUGAACAUCUGAAAAAAUAUCACCACCCAUGUGUAGCUCAUACUUUAAACUUAAGUGUUAAUGAUGCCAUAAAUAAAAACACAGAACUUCUCCAGGUAUUAAAAACAUGUCGAGCUAUAGUGGGUCACUUUAAACACAGUAGUUCUGCAACUGAGAAAUUACGUGAAUUUCAAAAACAGAUGGGCCUCCCUGAGUUGAAAGUUAAACAGGAUGUGAGCACUAGGUGGAAUUCAUGUUUAAUUAUGGUUGAAAGGCUCAUUGAAAUAAAAAAUCCAAUAUCUGCUGCAAUGUCGUCUCUCCGACGAGCACCAAAUUGUUUGACUGCGACAGAAUGGGAUUUAAUAGCAGAUUGUGCUCCAAUUUUAAAACCAUUUGAACAUAUGACGUCAGAGUUGUCCGGAGAAAAAUAUCCAACAUUGUCCUUGGUAAUACCACUAAUAAGAGGUCUUCAAUACACAGUCAAAAAUAUAAAACCAGAUACUCAUGCAGGUAUAUUGCUACAAAAUACAUUACUAGAUGUAGUAGCGAGGCGUUUAGGAUGUCUAGAAAAAAAUAGUAUAGUAGCAAAAUCAACUUUCUUAGAUCCGAGACUUAAAAAAACUGCAUUUGGAUUGGCUGAUAAUGCAGACAACACUCAAAAAUGGAUAAUUGAAGAACUUACUUCGAAUAUAUACAGUAAUAACGACGAUGAAAACAUUGGAAACAAUAUAAGUGAAACACCAGCAUCCCCAAUUGUAACCCGCGAAUCCUUAAAUUCUUUGUGGGAACAUUUCGAUAGUAAAUUAUCUCAAGUAAGAAGUGUUAGUCGCCCUGAUAUUAGUGCAACAUUAAUGGUUCGUCAAUAUCUAGAGUUACCUCAUUUGCAACGUGGAAAAAAUUGCUUAGAUUUUUGGAAACAACAUAAACAUACUUUUCCUGAGUUAUACAAACUGCAACUAAAAUAUUUAUGUAUUCCUGCAACUUCAGUUCCCAGCGAGAGAGUAUUUUCCAAAGCUGGAUUGUUAACCAAUACUCGAAGAAAUAGACUUUUUGAACAGUAG